CUACUUCGAUAUCCCAUUUCUCUCAGGAGCAGCAGUUCAGUGAAUUCUCGCCGUUCCCUCACAACAAAACCAAAAUGGCUGAACGUGGUGGCGGAGAUCGUGGUGGAUUCGGCCGUGGCUUCGGCGGUCGUGGCGACAGAGGCCGUGGAGACAGAGGCCGUGGCGGACGCCGCAGGACUGGUGGCAGGCGCGACGAGGAGGAGAAGUGGGUCCCCGUGACCAAGCUCGGUCGUCUUGUGAGAGACGGCAAAAUCCGAAGCCUGGAGCAGAUCUACCUCCACUCCCUCCCAAUCAAGGAGCACCAGAUCAUCGACAUGUUGGUUGGACCCACUCUCAAGGACGAGGUCAUGAAGAUCAUGCCGGUCCAGAAGCAGACCCGUGCCGGUCAGCGAACCAGGUUCAAGGCCUUCGUCGUCGUCGGCGACAACAAUGGUCACGUCGGGCUCGGCGUGAAGUGCAGCAAGGAAGUUGCUACCGCCAUUCGCGGUGGGAUUAUCCUUGCUAAGCUCUCUGUUAUCCCCGUCAGGAGGGGAUACUGGGGUAACAAGAUCGGAAAGCCCCACACCGUUCCCUGCAAGGUUACCGGAAAGUGUGGUUCCGUCACUGUCCGCAUGGUCCCUGCACCUCGUGGUUCUGGAAUCGUUGCUGCUAGGGUUCCCAAGAAGGUCUUGCAGUUCGCUGGGAUUGAUGAUGUUUUCACUUCCUCCAGGGGUUCCACCAAAACCCUUGGAAAUUUCGUCAAGGCUACUUUUGAUUGUCUGCUGAAGACCUAUGGUUUUCUGACACCUGAAUUCUGGAAGGAGACUCGUUUCACCAAAUCUCCAUUCCAAGAGUAUACCGAUCUUUUGGCUAAGCCAACAGCAAAGGCCCUUAUCCUUGAGGAGGAAAGGGUGGAGGCUUGAGUUUGCUUGCAGUUUUGGUGUCAUGGGGUGAUCAUGUUUUAAACACCUAGGAACUAGUAAUUAUAUUUUUGAUGCUUGUGUUGUUUCCUGCCAGAUUGAGGAACAUUCUAUUAUCUUCGUACUUUUUUGUUUUUCAAGUUCUCAGUUUAUUGGAUAUUUCCUCAGUUUAAAUACCAUAAAUUUUCUUCCUUA